AUGUCCAACCCAAACCAAAACAUGCGUCCGUCUCUGCCUUCUAUGCUCUCUGAUAAUCAAGGCAAUAAAAACAAUGCUCCAAACAACACCCCACCAACUAGCUCUUCUUCAUUCAAUCCCCAAGAUGCUGGCUCAUCUAAAUCCCCAGGACAAGGUAUAAGGCUGCCGCCUAUUUCAUUUCUAUCAAACAUUUCAAGUAUGUCAAACCCUCAUCAAAUGGCACCUCCUUCAUCUCUAGGGGUUCCAAGACUGUUGAACAAUGUUGAUCAACCAAGUGCUUCAAAUCCAAAUACACCAAACACAGUUUCAACACCUCAGUUUGGAUCUACAGGUACACCAGGAUCUGAUCUAAACAACAAAAUUUCACCACCAACCAUCCCAUCUAUAGCACAUUUAACAAGUCAACGAGAACAACCAUCAUUCAACACAACCCCAACUGAAAUUAAAAGUGAAACUCCAAAUCAACUCCCAAAACCGUCUUUUUUAAGCAAUAUUGUUUCAUCAAAUAAUACAAAUGAACCAAGGUUACCAACACCACAACAAGUUCCACAAGUGCCUCAAGUUAAACUGAAAGAGGAUAUAACUAAACCAGAUGUUAAUGAAGAAUCAGAUGAGGAUAUAAUCAAGUAUUAUGAGAACAAGUAUGGAAUUACUGAUUUCACAAAUGAGGAAAAACAUGACAUUUUACAACAUGAGAAAAGAGCACGUAUUGAAAAAGCCAAGAAUCCUAAUUACAAGACAUAUUUAUGUUAUUCAAUAAUUAAAAGAUUAAACACAAUCCAACCAACAAAGAAAUCUCAAUUAGAGGAAGAAACAAUUGUUAAGCUUCCAGCUCAAAAAUUUGUCAAGAGAGAAAUUAUCAUUAAUAAUGAUGACGUUUUAGAUUUUGCUUCAAAAUUCCCAAGAAAACAUCUAGGUUCAUUAUUAUAUACACCAUAUCCAACAAGAAGUACACAUAGACAAUUAUCAGUUUUCCAGCCUUCAGAAUACAACACACCUGAACCAAAUGAGCAAGAAACUGAGAUUGUUCCAUUGUUACCUGAGUUAAGAGAUUAUAUCAAUUGUAUCUUGACUGUUAGAAUUCCAUCAUAUCAAAUCAAUGAUUUACAAAAUAACAAAAACUAUAUAAACAGGGCAAUUUGGGGGACUGAUGUCUACACAGAUGAUUCAGAUAUUUUGUUGAUAUUGAAGCAUAAUGGAUUCUUACCAAGUAUAGAUAAUGAAUUAGAAAAUACCAUAAAUAAUGGUUCAAAUUUCACCACUGAGAAAACAACACCAGGAAAUAAAGCGGAACCUCAUAACAUUGAUCAAACUGUGAAUAACUUUAGACAUUUCAUUAAUAUCAUUGGUGGUGAUAUCCACGUUGAUUUGAUUAUCUUACCUACUUUGAAUAAAUAUGAAGGUAUUUAUAGAAAUGGGGUUAACUCAAGAGAUUGGAAAACUGGUCAUGAUGGUGUCAGUGUCGCUAUUUAUGGUGUUAGGUAUGGUGAAAUAAACAGUGCAGUGGAGAAUGUAAAUGAUGUUGAUGUUAAAAAGAGAAAAAUAGAUCAAGUUAAUGAAAUGAGAGAAACUCCUGUUGAGAUUUUAGAUAAUGAUGGGAAAUGGAAAUUGAAUUAUGAAGCUUGGAAAAAGAUAAAGUUACAGAUCGAGUUGGAGAAGAGUAAAAAAAGUGGCAAGAGUGAUGAAAAGGAUGGCGGUGAAAAGCCUGAGGAGAAAAAGUAG